AUGCAGAACGCGAUGAAUGUGCCGGAGAAGAACGAGCGGUUUUUCCAAAUCGCGCACCCGUUCUUCGACGACUUCUUCAUGUUCAGGAAUGAGGAGCGGGGCGUGUUCGAUGAUCCAUUUUUUGACCGAGCCCCUCGCCUCUUCUCGGCCAAUCCAUCGCGAAUUUCUUCGCCUGCGCCGACAACAAAACGACUCUCCUCACCGGCCGACCCCUACCAUGGUGUCGUGAGGAAUAUUCCGAUUCGCGUCGAGCAGUCCGGAGCUUUCAUUGUGAGUAGCGCCACUACCGAGGGAGAGCACAAUAUCUUGCAGGCCCCCUCCCCGGCCGCUUUUGACGAACCACGAAGGAGCUAUCAAGCGACAGAGAGACAGCUCUCCCCGCCGCCACCUCCAGUGCGAAAGUACUACAACCAUGUCGCAGCUCCGACUCAUCAUGUGCCUCCCACGACUUCAUCCUCGGAUGAAGACGCCGACCCAGUGACGCCACGCUUCCCGGUAGCCAGCCACUCGUAUCUUGAGGCACCCGCGAGGACAGAUGCCCGACCGUCACCUACCGAUCUGCACACCAUGGACAAGCUGGUCAACCGGCUCCAGCAGCUUGCCGCGAAAACCGCUCCACGUAAUGUCUUCGAAGGGACGGACUUUCCGAGUGAGCGUCGGUCUCAGAAUUCCUAUGUGUCAUCCGGGGAAUCGUCGUCGGGGCGCGCUUCAUCUGAUCGGAAGCGAAUAUCCGAGAUUUCGACGAGCUCCGAUGCCCCUUCUGAAUCCUCAGUCAUCAUCUAUGGCUCAGGGGGUGAGCAAGAGCCCCUUCCACCAAUCCCGCGAGCCCACUUGAGCCCAUCCCCCCAGCCGAAACGCAUCGCCAAGUCGCCGGUUCCCGACAGCAUCUUUUACGAAGUAAAACCGACGAGUACAUCGGUGUUGGAGACCGUCUUCGACAAUCUUGACCACGAGUCGCCACGAAGUUCGUGGAGUCACGAACGAGAUCUGAAGGUCCCAACGACUGUAGAUGGCAUGCCCCGAGAAGCGAUGCCCGCCGAGAAAAGCGUCCGCCACGAUGACUUGGAGGUGCUGGAACGGAAGCGGGCGGUGGUCACGGAGCUGUCCGAUGCGCUCCGCAUGAUUGAUGGAGCUGUGCAGAUGGUGCAACGGUCAACCGCGCCCCGGUUUUGGCGAGCGCCUCACGUGCUCCAGAUGCACCUCGGCACCCUGCAGGAUGGUUGUCAUCUACUGAGCGAGCAACUCGACGCGUUCGUCGAGGCGACGGCCCGGAUUUCGAUCGAUUCGCGUCAUCAGAAGGCCGAUGAACUACGACGGCUUAUCACCCCGCUUCGCGACACCCGGACUACCGUCACCUCUCUCCGCCGGCAGCUCGACGCAUCGGGCUGGAAGCUAGCGGUGUUGGCACGGGAUCGGGACCAACCAAAUACCGCCAUGGAGCCCCUCGAGCAGUUCGUCAUGUUGGCCAAGCAGAUUCCGUCGGAAUGCCGAACCGUGUGGGAUUGGGUUCGUGUGCUCGCCCCGUCCACUUCGAUCAUGUUCCUGAAGGGGACGCAAGAGCCGCUUAAGGCCUCGUUAGCUCUGCCCGAGGACGACAAACGGCUUUCAACCGCCUCCUCUUCGUCCACGCUGACGUCAGGAGAGUCAUGCUCUUCUGCCUCACAGUCAUCGGCUUCGCCCCGGCCCCCACCCACCUCGAUCCUAGCGACUAAUAAACUGGGAAACACCCGAGGACGCGUAAAAUUUGUCGAUGAGAUAGCUGCCUCUCCCAUCAGAAGCUCACUAUCCCCCUCGGAGACCGAGUCUGAGCGCGAGACACCAAUCUAUUCGGAACUGAGCAAAGUGAGAGGCUCCGAUGCACACGCAAACGUGGUAGAAGAGGAGGAUCUGGAGAGCGAUCGAGAGUCCUUGUACAAGGAUUAUGCGAUUUUGGACGACAUCAUUCCGGAAAGGCGGCAGCAACGCGAGAAAGCGCAAGCCGCCACUAGCAAAGUAACGAAAGAGGAAAAGGCGAAGAUGAAGCGACACCUUAGCCAAGUCGAGAAGCACGUUAGCGCCCUGGCCCAGGCCAUCGACGUCUUUUUCACCACCGUCGAAACGCAGAAGCCGCCGGUCGAAUUUGUGGACCGGGGGAAGCUUAUGAUCCGUUCGGCCUACCAGCUCGUGUGUUUGGGCGAUUCCCUGGCCGACGAACUGCACUCGGAAGCUCCAAAGUCCGCCAUCAAGGAAGCGGCUACGCGACUGUACGAUGCGCUCGAGGAAUGCGUCGCUUUCAUCAAGGCGGCUGCGGAUGAGUAUCCGAACAUCGAAUGCAUGCAGACGAUGAUCGACAGUGUGAUGACGGUGGCAAGGUGUUCGCAGGCGAUCAAGCGCGCGAUCGCCGAGUGGCUA